AUCAGAAGAUCUAAGAUCAAAAAAAAAAAAAAAAUCCCUAAAACUUUGAAUGGUGGCCUCCGACUUGAUUUGAAGAAAGGGUGUGGAGGCGUAGAGUUGAGGAAAGAGAGUAGUGAUGGAGAUGACCGGAUUGUGAGGGAUUUUCGAUAGAGAGCAGUGGACGGAGAUGGCCGUAAGGUGGAUAAUCGGGGUGGCUGUUGGCUGCUGUGGUGUGGUGGUGGCUGCGGAUUAUAGAGUUCGGCAGAGCUGCAGAGGUAGAGGCGACCGGAGAGGCGGAGACGAUCUACGAUGGGCAAUGGAAACGGAGGAAAAAGAGGCAUAGCCGCAUAGGCUUAUGAAUUUUCCAAUUUUGGGUAUUUUGCCGAAUUAAUGUUAAUACGGGUAUAACAGCGAGAGAGGGUUUCUCCCAUUGCUUGCCAACUUACUUUUUCAUGUUAAUGUAACGGGUUGUGUGUUAGUUUUAAACUCUUUAUUUUAUAUUAUAAAAUUUUUAAAUAAAU